UUAAACAAAAAUAAAAACAUCGCCGCCGUCGAGAUCGAGAGAGAGAGAGAGAAGCCCGACAAAUCCCUAAUUAACCCUACUCUCUCGAGCAACCCAUGGAAUCCAAUGGCAGCAUCUUAUACGAAACCCUAGAUUCUUUCUCUUUCUUCUCAAAUCCCGACCCUACUCCGUCCGAAUCCCACGCCGUGUUUCGGAACCAAAUAACGUCUUCGGCCGAUUUAUCGGCCGAUAUCCCCGUCGCCGAUUACUUCUCUCUCGACGUCGCCGCUGAGUCUCCUCCUCGGGAUGCUGAAGAAUCUCCUCCUCUGCCUUCGGUCGAUGAUCAGGCUAAUGGAGAGAGCAAGGUCUCGGAGCUUGCUUGGUUUCGUUCUGGCAGUAAAUUCAAGAGCCCCAUGAUUCAGCUCCAUAAAGAGAUAAUUGAUUUUUGCAACUUUGUGUCACCAACUCCUGAAGAAGAAGCCUCACGCAGUGCUGCUAUGCAAGGUGUUCUUGAUGUCGUGAAAUAUAUUUGGCCACACUCCAAAGUGGAAGUAUUUGGAUCAUUUAGGACAGGUCUUUACCUACCAACCAGUGAUAUUGAUGUGGUGAUCUUGGAUUCGAAGGUCAAAACUCCACAAAUAGGUCUCUAUGCUCUUGCUAGAGCAUUAUCUCAGAGAAAUAUUGCCAAAAAGACGCAGGUUAUAGCUAAGGCUCGAGUUCCUAUUAUAAAGUUCGUGGAAAAGAAAAGUGGAAUAGCAUUUGACAUCAGUUUUGAUAUGGAUGGUGGACCAAAGGCUGCUGAUUUCAUUAAGGAUGCUGUCAAAAGGUUGCCACCUCUAAGGCCAUUGACUUUGAUUUUAAAGGUUUUCCUGCAGCAGAGGGAAUUGAAUGAGGUGUAUUCAGGUGGAGUUGGUUCAUAUACACUUCUUGCGAUGCUCAUAGCAUUCUUGCAGUUACAUUGGAGAGGUCAAGAAUUAUUGAGAUGCGAGCGGUCCAUGGAGCAUAAUCUGGGAAUUCUUCUGGUUAAAUUUUUUGAUUUCUAUGGUCGCAAAUUGAACACGUUAGAUGUUGGUGUAUCUUGCAUCUCAUCAGGCACUUUUUACUUGAAAACUGACAGAGGGUUUCUUAACACACAGAGGCCAGAGCUUCUCUCAAUUGAGGAUCCCCAGGCACCUGACAAUGACGUUGGGAGGAACUCCUUCAACUUUUUUAAGGUGAGAUCAGCCUUUUCAAUGGCUUACUCAUUACUGACCGAUGCAAAAACCAUCAUCGGCUUGGGAUCACGGAAAAGCAUACUCGGAACCAUAAUCAGACCGGACCCGGUGCUCCUAGAUCGAAAGGGUGGAAGCAAUGGGGAACUCACAUUUGCUAACUUGCUUCCUGGUGCUGAUGAACCUUUAUCUCAGCAAUUUGGGAAUGAAGAUAGUGUCAUAUACAACUGGCAAUUAGUAGAUGAAGAACCUCUGCCUAGAGAAAAAAUAGUAGCCAAUGAUGAUAGUGCAAAAAGGAGGGCCUCGAAAGCGGAACGGAGAUUUAAGAAAGGGGACUGCAGUGUGGAAUCAUCAAAAAGAGGAAAUGGAGAAAAUGGGUUUGGCAGUAGAGAAGUAGAUAUUAAGAAGAAACGUAAAAAGUCGUUUCAAGCAGAUGAUGAUAGAUUCAGCAGAAGUCUCCCAAGAAAUUGGAGUCGUAGAUACUGAUAUAUAUAUAUUUUAAAUUGCUUUCUGGAGUUGCUCGCAAAGUUGAUGAAGUUGAAUGGUGAGAUCAGCAGGUAUCUAUUGUGGAGAAAACAAAUCCUUGCUCGGGAGAAUGUAAUGUUGUGUAACAUUCAAUGUAAUAGUAUACUGGAGUUUCAUCAAAUCAUUUUUGGUUCCUCACUAACAAGUAGUUGAAUGUAACAUUACUUUGUAUCCUUUUCCAAUGUGAGGGAGAUAAUGGUUUAUAAAUUGAUA